ACCGAUAACAACAACAACAACAACACCAACAACACUGUCAGUGUAUUUGAUGAAAUGCGUCAAAAGUUUUUAUCGAUAGUCAAUAAGUCCAGCUAUGAGUUUGACAAACGAGACAUCGAAAUGGUUAGACUGAAGGACUGGUGGAUCGAACGGUUCCUAUUGGUCAGCAAUACGGAAGACGAAGCACUGGACUCAUUGGUCGACACAAUGAAAUGGCGCAAACAGUUUGGUGUCAACGAUCUGACCGAAAGUUCAUUUCCCGAAGAGUUAUAUAGAAUCGGCGAAUUUUUGCAGUUCUGUCGGGACCGGGAGGGACGUCAAGUGCUAUGGCUUCAGAUGCACAGACAUCAUAAAUGCGAUGAAGACAAAUGGUAUGAUAUGGCCAAACACUAUAUCGUCUAUUGGUUAGAACUUUACGACCGAAAUAAUACUCACAAAGGCGGUUGGGCAAUGGUCAGCGAUUGUAGCCAACAAUCAUUGAGCAAUGUAGACAUGGAUCUCAACAGUUUUGUUGUCAACACAUUACAGUCCCGCUAUCCGAAAGGUCCGAAAUAUUUGUUGAGCAUAGACUUGCCGUGGCUAUUGAAUUUUGUGGCCAAAAUUGUCGUAUCGUUUAUGAACGACGAGCUCCGGGCGAUUUAUAAGCCCAUAUCGAGCAGCGAAUUAGAUGGCUAUAUUGCACCUGAAUAUAUACCGGUGCAUCUGACCGGCGGUAAGUAUGAUAAACCAUUGAUUCAGGUUCCGGCGGGCGUCAAACCGUUGACCAAAUUUCCAAACUUUACCGAUAGUGACAUUAGUAAUAUUUAUGAAACGAAUGGGAGACUGACGGGAGAGUCGGUCUAA